AUGUUGCUUGAGGAUCUUGCAAGGUCUAUGACCAGUGAGCCCGAUAGAGGAGAAAUAGAUGAAGAUGAUCUUGUGUUCACAACUCCACCAAGUCCUUCAGUCCCUCAGUCAUCCAGCAGCCAAGGUUCAGAAUCAACCAUCACAUUGACCUCUCCUAUUGGCGGCAAUACCCCACCAAGUUCUUCUGUCCCUAAACCAUCCAGUAGCCAAGGCACAGAAUCAGCCAUCACAUUGACCUCUCCUAUUGGCAGCAAUACCCACCAAGUCCUUCUGUUCCUGAGGCAUCCAAUAGCCAAGGCACAGAAUCAACGAUUACAUUGAGCUUUCCAAGUCAGGACUCAGAAGCAAAUGAUGAUGUAAUCAGUGUAACAAGUGCAAGUGUUGAGUGCCAGACAAAUGAUGGUAUCUUUUUGUCUAAAGAAGAAUAUGAAGAACUUAUUCAGAAAUCUGCUGAGAUCUUUGACAUCAAAGGUGAUCUAGAAAAAUUAAAAACACAUUUCCUUGCUUAUGACCCACAACCCCCAGUAAUGGACCCAAAUCAAUUUGAAGAAAUUUGCAUGCAAGCUGGAGCUGGAAAACUCUUUUCAACCCUACAUAUGGCUAUGAGUUCAAAUAGAAUGUCAGAUGAGCGUCAAGGUCUCACCAAAUUAUGA